AACCAUUACUCAAAACAAACUUAUUCAACAUUUCAAUCAGUUUAAAAACAUGGGAUUGGAGAUUUGCAAAGGCAGUUCAGUAAUAAUCCUCACAGAAAGAUGAAGGUCUUAGUUUUCUUAUUUGGAUUUACUGUUAUAGUAGCAACAAUCAAUGCUACUUGUUCGUAUUGUGGUAACAGCAAAGAAGAUGUUCAAGAAAUCGAAUACGAAGAUCUGAGAUCUUUGAAAAAUGACUGUCGAGAAUAUCAAAAUAAUAACGGACCAAAAUGUUCGAAUUUAGUCACAAAGAUUAGGAAUAUUCUGAAAAUCGUUCAAAAAUAUCCAUUAUAUACCAAAGAAGCUAAACAAACUCUUAAAUUCCCUGACCAAUUAAACUUAGUCGAUACUACAGAGUUUUUGGCAAAUGGUGAGAUUGAAUAUAGAAAUGCUAUUUUACAUGGUAUGGAAAAUGCAGUCUUAAAAGACGUAGACUUCAAGGAUAUCAACAAAAAUCUGAUUUCAGUUCACGUUUUGUUGAAUGGAGCAGAAGUCACUGGUGAUUACUCUGCAGCCAACCUUAACAAAAAAGAGUCAGGACAAUUCUACAUUACAUUAAAAAAUAUCGAAUUCAAAACAAAGCUCAUUUUGGAUGAAUUUAUGGAAAUUCUUCCUGAAAUUGAUGUUAACGAGACAAUCACAGUUGGUCAACACGAGUCGAUGUACACCGACGGAGAAGUCUUGAAAGAGUUGAAAAACGACAACACCGACGUUUUAAAGCCAUAUAUUUACUACUAUAACUAUCUCAAUAGUGUGCUUAAAAGUCGCAUUGCUAAAGAAUUGACCGUCAUCUUCAGGCCAUUAAUCGCAAAACGUCUUGAACAAAAAUUGAAUGCAGCCAUAAUGUUUCCAAACAAAGAUUUACAAAUACCAAAAGCUUAUGCCAAUAUUGUCCCCGGCAUUCAAGUUCAAAUUUAUAACACUCUGUUGCAUGACUCGUGGAAUACUGACAAAAUUCAAAAAUUGACGAAUUACACCGACAACAACGAUCAAAUCGAAAUGCUUUUCACUUUCGCUUUGUUCAAUGUAAUGGGAAGUAACCAGUGGGCUUUGAAAUACAGCACUAGAAACACGUACAUGGGUAAAUCUAUGUUCACUAUCGACAACGUGCAAACCGUCUUAUUAAUCACCAAAUCCAACACACAAGAAGCAAUGAAUGUGAAAUUUGUCAAGACUACCGUCAAUGGAAUUACACUAAUGUUGGGAAAUGAAAACCAUUGCGAAUCGAUAAGGAAUUUCGCACAACAACGUAUUCCUUACGUUUUGGAAGAGAGCUUAAAAACGUACUUCAACGAACAAUCUAAAAUAGUGCUGAGAAAUCAAAUCGAACUUACUGGUCAUAAAUAUCAAUAAGUAGAUAUGUCCACGUGUUUUAAACCUAAAAUAUUGUUGUACCAAGUUAAUUAAACAAAAUUAGACCGUGUACCUAAUAAA